UUUUCCCAGUAGAGUAAAAUCAACCCCCAAGAACCAACCGACCUCCCCGCCUCCCUUCCCUGGCUGUGUCCUGUCAAGUUUUGUGUGUGGUAUUCGGUAAAAAGGCGUCGACAGCGAACGGCACAGAGAGACUAAGGAAAAUAAACAGAAAUUUUGUUUUUCCGACAAUUUUAUUCGGCAAAAUUUUUGCAAAACAAAUAAAAUGUUCUCACAUUUUAUUACUAUAGAAAAGUGAUUUAAGUUACGCAAGGAGUUUAGUCUAAAGUAUUGUCUAAUCAUAGAGGAUUUAACUCCAUAAAUUUUCUAUAUACACAAAACUUGUACCAAAAAGUUAUGGCCGAGUGGAGAGGGCGGAGGAGUAGUAGUUGGGGGAUAAGAAGUAGCCGCCGCUCUUUCAUGUUCUGUGGUUGGCUUUGCGUGUUUAUAUUGUUUACCAGGCAACAGCAACAACAAGCAACGCAUGCCACCUCCUUGAAUGCCAUUGAACAGGAGGAGGAGAUGUCCUCCAAUCGGCGACAUCACCAGCAUCAUCAUAACAACUAUGAAGAGAAGGGCUAUUGUGCACCCUAUACGGGUAAAAUAUGCAAACAAUAUGUCACAGGUCAGGUAUGGUAUAGUCUUGAGGAUCCAUCCGGAGGCUGGAAAAAUGAACAGGUUACGACUGCCCUGUGGGAUGAACUAAUUGCUGAUCUAACCGGACUAUGUCGGGAAGCGGCAGAGAAAAUGCUCUGUGCCUAUGCAUUUCCACGCUGUCAUUUGCUCGAGAGUGGAAGAGCACAAAAGGUUCCAUUAUGUUUUGAAGAUUGUCAGGCCACUCACUUGCAAUUCUGUUACAAUGAUUGGGUUUUAAUCGAGGAGAAGAAAGAGCGUCACAUCUAUCUAAAGAGUCGUGGACACUUUAGGCUACCAAAUUGUUCAGCCUUGCCCCAUUAUAAUGCUUCCUCAAUGAAACGUCCGAAUUGCUCCUACAUUGGUUUAACCGAAAUACGUGAAUCUGAAGUUAGCUAUGAUUGUCGCAAUGGCAAUGGACGCUUCUAUUUGGGCACCAUGAAUGUCACCAAAUCGGGUAUACCCUGCCAGCGUUGGGAUAACCAGCAUCCCCAUAAACAUAUACAGCCGCCUUUGGUUUUUCCCCAACUGAUUGAAGGUGAAAAUUAUUGCCGUAAUGCAGGUGGAGAGGAACCUCAGCCUUGGUGCUAUACAACGGAUGAAUCUGUACGCUGGCAACACUGCGAUAUACCCAUGUGUCCUGACUAUGUGGAUCCCAUGGCCAAGGAUUUGAAUACGCCAAUUAAAAUGGAAAAGUUUUUUACACCUUCAGUGAUAUUUCUAUUAGCUGGCAUUGGUUUCAUUGGAAUUGUGCUUUUGCAUUUGCUCAUCCUACUGAUAUAUAAGGUUUCCAAGCAUAAGGAUUACACUCAGCCACCAGGACCAGCUGUUGCAGAGGCCAAUUGUGCGGGAGAAUGCAAUUUGACAGUUAGUCGGGAAACUCUCAACAACACCAUGGCCAAAAUGGGCACCAUUAGACGCAGUACGGCAACUAUACACAGCAAUUGUGUGAAUAUGACGACAAUCCAUCAUCAGGCUACUAUCCAACAUGAACCGAAGAGUUCCAAAUUGAAUGCACGUCUCGAAAAGUUGGAAUAUCCGCGCGGAGAAAUUGUCUAUGUGCGUUCGUUGGGACAAGGAGCAUUCGGACGUGUCUUCCAGGCCAAGGCUCCGGGUCUAGUGCCCGACAAUGACGAUCUUUUGGUGGCCGUGAAGAUGCUUAAAGAUGAUGCCAGCGAUCAAAUGCAAAUGGAUUUCGAGCGUGAAGCUUGUCUUUUAGCCGAAUUCGAUCAUGCGAAUAUUGUGAAACUGUUGGGAGUCUGCGCUUUGGGUCGUCCCAUGUGUUUGCUUUUCGAGUACAUGUCUCCAGGUGACUUAAGUGAAUUCCUACGCUCCUGCUCCCCAUAUGCCACUCAUCAGGUGCAACAUCGAGAUCGUUUACACUUGAAUGAAUUUAAUCUACUUCAAAUGGCAGCGAAUAUUGCAGCUGGAAUGCUUUAUCUAGCCGAACGGAAGUUUGUUCACCGGGAUCUGGCCACCAGGAAUUGUCUAAUCAAUGAGCAAAUGCAUGUGAAAAUUGCCGAUUUUGGUUUAUCGCAUAAAAUCUAUCUGCAGGACUAUUACAAAGGAGAUGAGAAUGAUGUAAUACCCAUACGUUGGAUGCCCCUGGAGAGUAUAUUGUAUAACAAAUUCUCUUUGGAAUCAGAUGUGUGGGCCUAUGGCAUUUGCCUCUGGGAGAUAUUCUCCUUUGCACUGCAACCGUAUUUCGGGCUAACUCACGAGGAGGUUAUCAAAUAUAUCAAAGAGGGCAAUGUUUUGGGUUGUCCGGAUAAUACGCCGAUAUCGGUCUAUGCUUUAAUGCGUCGCUGCUGGCUGAGGAAACCAAGCGAAAGACCCGGUUUCGCAGAGAUUAAUCAUUGUAUACAACACAGCAUUGCCGAAUGGGAAUGCAAGGCCAUGCUAUAGACAUGUACAAACAAACAAAAAACCAACAAAUAAUUGCAAUUACUCCGUCGCGCAGAACCGUCGCAAUCAGCCCAACUCAACUCAAAUAAUGCUCUUCCGGAUGUCUUCCGAAGUGCAACAAAAUUAUAUACAAAAUCAUUAUUUAGAAAGAGGCAAAGAUCUGUAGAUUUCCAAACAGAUUAUUCCUAUUUUAAAAGCACUAAGAUCAAUUUUGAUAUACUUUGAACUUAUAGAAAUUGAUUUUUCUCGAUCUUCAGAUACAAGCGAUUUCUCCACUCGGAGGAUCCUUAGUGCAGUGUGUUACUACAUCCUUUUAUUUUGCUGUAAUUUGCUUUGAAAGACUAAAUCUCAUAUGAUUCUUUGCCUCUUUUACACGUAAAUUCAACGAACAAAUAAGAUUGUUUUCCCACAACGAAACAUUCAUCCGAAAUAAAAUAGAGAAAACAAAAAUGUCAGCCAUUUAAAUUAAUAAACUUGUACUGUAAUUUCAUAUCUAAUCUGUAGUUUUAAGACUUCUCACGACCAUAUUUAAUAAUAAAUCAUGAGUUUUUACUAGAAUUAAGAUACACUCCAUAUAAAAUAUAUGCAAACAAAUAAUUACUAAUGGGAUGAGAAAGAGAAAACAAUUCUCCAAGCAAA